AUGGGGGUAGAGGAGAGAAGAGGAAUGGAGAAGAGAAAGGCCAGCCACUGCCUCAGGCCGCGGGAGGCGGAGCCGGCUCGGCGGUGGCAGGUGCGAGAGCCGAGCCAGAGCGGCGCCCUCAGCGCGGCCUCGCGGAGUCCCUGUGAGGCGGACGAGGAUGCGCCGGGCCGGUGCCUGUCGCUGCUGCCCUGGGACCGUUUCUCGGCCUGGCUGCACUGCGUGUGCGUGGUGGGCUUCGACUUGGAGCUGGGCCAGGCCGUGGAGGUAAUAUAUCCUCAACAUUCGAAACUUACAGAUAAAGAGAAAACCAGUAUUUGCUAUUUGUCUUUUCCAGAUUCCAAUUCAGGUUGUCUUGGAGACACACAGUUUUGUUUUAGAUUCCGGCAGUCUUCUGGUAGGAGGCUCUCACUGCAUUGUAUGCUGGACCAGCUGGAAAGAGACUUACCAAUUUCCUUAAAGAUGGACCCUGCAUAUUACUAUGGCUAUGUAUAUUUUAGACAAGUUCGAGACAAAACAUUAAAAAGAGGCUACUUCCAGAAGUCCUUGGUUCUCAUCAGCAAACUACCUUAUAUCCAUCUUUUCCACACUGUGCUUAGGCACAUAGCACCAGAAUAUUUUGUAAAGAAUGACUCUUUCCUGGAAGCAGUUUGUAGUGAUGUUGAUCAUUGGCCAACACCAGUCCCAGGGAAAACACUAAAUUUGCCUAUUAUGGGCAUUGUAAUGAAGGUACGGAUUCCAACAUGUCAUGACAAGCCUGGAACAACCCAAAUAAUACAGUUCACACACCAGGCAGACACACAAAUCUCGAUUGCUUUACCUACUGUUCAUGAAGUGGAUCUUUUCAGAUGCUUCUGUCCAGUGUUCUUUCACAUUCAGAUGCUUUGGGAACUAGUGUUGUUAGGAGAACCAGUGGUUGUUAUGGCACCAUCACCUUCUGAAUCUUCAGAAACUGUUCUGGCACUUGUUAGUUGCAUUUCACCUUUGAAGUACUGCAGUGAUUUUAGGCCCUAUUUCACUAUACAUGAUAGUGAAUUCAAAGAAUAUACCACUCGUACACAAGCCCCGCCUUCUGUCAUUUUAGGAGUGACGAACCCUUUUUUUGCUAAAACACUUCAGCACUGGCCACAUAUUGUCCGAAUAGGAGAGAUUAAACUUCCAGGUGAAGUUCCAAAGCAAGUGAAAGUGAAAAAGCUCAAGAACCUAAAGACUUUGGAUUCUAAACCUGGUGUUUAUACAUCUUAUAAAACAUACUUGAACAGAGAUGAAGAAAUCAUAAAACAGUUACAGAAGGGUGUACAACAGAAACGUCCUGCAGAAGCUCAAAGUGUAAUUCUUAGACGUUAUUUCUUGGAACUGACACAAAGCUUCAUCAUUCCAUUAGAACGUUAUGUGGCAAGCCUAAUGCCCCUGCAAAAGACUAUCUCUCCAUGGAAGAGUCCACCACAGUUGAGACAAUUCAGCCAGGAAGACUUCAUGAAAACACUUGAGAAAGCAGGACCACAGCUCACCUCUGGAUUAAAGGGAGACUGGAUAGGACUUUACAGACACUUCUUGAAAUCUCCAAAUUUCAAUGGCUGGUUCAGGACCAGGUGGAAGGAAAUGACACAGAAGUUGGAGGCCCUUCAUUUAGAAGCGCUCUGUAAUGAGGACCUCCUUUUCUGGAGUAAGAAACAUACUGAAGUAGAAACAGUGGAUCUUGUCUUAAAGCUAAAGAAUAAAUUGUUACAAGCUGACAGAGAACAUCUACCUGUGAAACCUGACACUGUGGAACAGCUACAAAUGCAUAUCAAUAAAAUUAUUCUAGCACUCCCAGAUGAUUUACAGGAUAUUCUGUUCAAAACUGGUACAACAUGAUUUCUACUAGGAUCUUUAAUGCAAUGCACACAACACAUUUCAAAGCUUCGUGGAAGAGACUGUCAGAGAUUAAUGGAAUGGAGCUGUGAAUGGUAUAUUAACACUUGCAAUGGACAGUAAUAAUAAUGGAAAAAAGAAUUUUUAGCUUUUUUUUUUUAGUAGAAACCUACUGGAGUUCCACUUAAAUAUUGAUGGCACUAAAGGAAUUUGUGUUUAAUUAUGUGUUAAACCAAGUGCUCUUAUGGAAAACCUGUGGGCAUAUGAAAUUAUAAACAUGCAGGAUCACAAUGCAGUGCUGGCAUUGCAGAAUGUUUUUUUUUUAAAUUGGUGCUGCUGUGCUCAUUGAUGUUAACUCAGGGGGAAGCAACAUUUACAUUGGCUCUGUAAAGAGCCUGUCCCAUUUUAGAUAUAUGUAAAUGCUUUUAAUGCCUUUUUUCUUUAGAUGUUUUUCAUCUUAUGUUAAAAAACCAACUGCCAUAUUAUUGUGACUUGGACGAAGUACCUAACACUUGAGGAAUUUUAUUGGAAAAUUAUUGCUUACAAAUUAGAACUGAUAUUAGCAGAGACAAGUGAAAGCAUUAAAUAGGCUCUUAAUCUUUUGUUUUAACUUUUUUUUUUUCAAUGAUGAUAUUACAUCUGCCUCUGGACAGAAAAGAAGUCACCUGUUUAAAUAUAUCCUAAGAAAAAGCAACGGAUAUAUUUUCCUUUAACUUUAUUCAUUUAAGGUCAGAUAAUGGGUGCUUGUCCUCAUAGGCCUUAAUUAAUGCUAACUUCAGAUUAACUGUUUUUAUCAUGGAACAAUUUAAACGAUUUUAAAGAUGAACUGAUGAAAUUCAGGAUUUAAAACUAUUUAAUGGAAACAACUAUAUAGUCUUCCAUUGCAUAAGAUACAUAGUGUUGCUUAUUAAAUAUACCGAGUUUAAUGUUACUGUUGCUCAUCAUGUAAUAGAUCUCAGUAGUGUUAGUUGGCAUACAAUCCACUGUUCAGGAUCUUUGAAUUAACCUUAUGGUAUGCUUCUCAUUCAUUCCAGAAAAUGAUUGUUACGAAGUUUUUAGGAGGAGGAAAUAGGGUAGGAAGGAGGAUACCAUAUUACUGUGAUCUGAAAGAGUCUUAUGGAUUGUUGAGACUCUGUCAAGAAAAGCUGGUAGUGAAGCUACUUAAAAUACAGGCAGAGAGUAAACAUGCAUAAAUAACCACUUUUCAUUCUGUAUUAAGCAACAAGCAUUUCUUGCCACUAGAUCACCUUAAACCAAGAAAACUUAACAAGUGCACAUUUGCUCUGCAUGCAAAAUAUGACUUUGAGGAUCCAUUCUAAGCAGGAUAAGAUGAAGCCAUCAUGUACAAAUAAAUACAGUACAAACUUUACUCGUAGAUGACAAAUGGCUCUCAGUUAUCAAAAGAUUCUGCUUUACAUGCUUUGGGUACAAUACAUUGUCUUGUAACAUUGCAGAGCUGCUAUGGACAAAAUGCCUUUGAUAAAUAUUUCAUAUCAUAUUUCUAGAAAUGACUUAUUUAGGUAUAAACUGUCACAUUAUUUUUAAGAAAAUCUAUAUUUUAAUACUCUUACCGUUUAUAUAAAAUUAUUUGAAUCAGAAGUUAAACAAAUUAUAUCAAGACACUGUCAUUUAAAUUAUACCAUUGUGGCAUUAAUUAAUAUCUAACCUGCAAUUUGUUUUGCACAGUUGGCAACUAGCAUUUCUAAUCCUGAAACCGUAAAGUGGCCAUUACUCUGGUAAACUAUCUUUAAAUAUUUAACUGAAGCACUGUAUGAUAUCUUUGAACUGUGUAAUUUGGCACCAAUUAUGUCAGCAUAUUACCACUUGAUUGAAAAUAUGUAUUUUUUGUAAAAGGAAAUAAACUUCAGUGUUUUGGAAUGUUUACUUCAGUUACUUGCUCAGCAAAUUAUAUUUUCAAAUUAUCUCCUAUAUUG